AUGUAUUAUUUUAUGGUUAUAAUUCCUUCAAAUAUUGAAUUUAUUAAUGAUGGAUCAUUUGGCACAAUUUCUCAUGCACCUUUAAAAAAAUUUUCAAGGAUUCAAAAAUAUACUUUUGAACAACCUCUCAAUGAGACAAAACAACAUUGUAAAGCAAAACUUCACAAUCCUAAAUAUUUGGAUAAUGCUGAAAAUUAUAGCUGCAAUGAAAAAUCAAUAUUGGAAUGCUUUUAUGAGAAAUUUCAAGUGUUCAUUCAUACUCCAUUUGAAGAUAAGUCAAUCAAAUUCAAUGAUAUUAUGCAUGGGAUAAUAUCAGAAAAACAUGAAACAAUAAUCAAAACUCCAAGAAAAUAUGCAGAAAUAUAUAUAGUUAUGCAGGAUUUGGACAAUAUAACCAACACUAUUGAAGAUGUUGAUAAUCUAACAGAUCAAACUAAUAAUGAAUCACAAGGUGAUGGUUUAUUAAAUUCAACAGAACUUUCAUUCUCAAUGCAAGCUAAUGAUAUUUAA